AUGCUUGAACAGUUAGACAUUUCCAACAUAGGUCAAAUCAAAAUAACAUAUUAUGAAAACCUACAACUGUGUCAAAAGCGAGAUACUAAGACAAUUCCAGAUUAUAUGUUGUGCAAGAUUUGCUAUAAAGAAGAAAUGAAAGUGGUUUUGAUCCCUUGCGGCCAUGUCGUCACCUGCAUUCAAUGCGCUUUAACACUUGAACAGUGUGCUGUGUGUAGACAGCCAUUGGAUAUGGUAAUGAAAAUACACUUAUCAAUGGAUGAAGGAACAGUUAAAGAUGUCAGACAGUUACCGUGCAGUUCAUCAGAGUGUUUAGAUGAACAAUUAGACACAAUGCUUUGCAAGGUAUGUCAUACAAAAGAAAUGGCAGCGGUAUUUAUACCCUGUAGACAUGUUUAUGCCUGUGUCGAAUGUGCGGAAGAUAUGCAUGAGUGCCCAGUGUGUAAAGAAGGUUUCUUUAGCACUAUUCAAGUGUACUUAUAA